AUGCUAUACUCGUCACAUAUUCUCAGCCUACAAUCGUCCUUGCGACUGACAGCACUUGCCACAAUCGCAUCUUUGACCUUCACACAAACUGCACGCGCCCAAACGACAAGUAGCUGCAACCCAACACAACAGUCUGGCUGCCCUGCUGAUCCGGCACUUUCGAAAUCAAUCAAUGUCGACUUUACCUCUGGCGAAUCAAAUCAAUUUGCAGCAUUAGGCGUACCAACAUACGAUUCGAAAGGCGUAUCAUUCACAGUCGCCCAGUCAGGCGAUGCUCCCAUGCUUACAUCAAAUUGGUACAUCAUGUUUGGCAAAGUCGAAGUAAAGAUGAGGGCUGCUGCUGGCCAAGGAAUAGUCAGCAGCUGUGUGCUACAAUCAGACGACCUGGACGAGAUCGACUGGGAAUGGGUUGGAAAUCAGCAGGACCAAGUACAGUCGAUCUACUUUCGAAAAGGUGAUUCUUCGACGUCCGGUCGUGGCGCAGCUUUCCACAUGGACAAUCCGACUGAAGACUUCCAUACCUAUACUAUCGACUGGACAUCGACAGAGCUGGUCUGGCAGGUGGACGGAAAGACGCAGCGUGCUCUGAAAGCCACCGACGCUGGAAAUCAAUAUCCUCAGACGCCCAUGAUGCUCAAGCUUGGUAUCUGGAGUGGUGGUGAUUCGUCAAAUGCUCCUGGCACAAUCGCGUGGGCAGGAGGUAACACCGACUACUCAGCAGGGCCGUAUACAAUGGUUGUCCAGUCUGUCUCAGUCACAGACUAUUCAACUGGCAAGUCUUACACAUACUCAGAUCAGACAGGAAGUUGGUCGAGUAUUAAGGCAGCUGGAGGAUCCAUCAACGGAGGCUCGACCAAUGUUGACACAUCGGCACCUGCCAUCACUUCGGUUGUGAGCGGUGCCGUUCCCUUUGAAGGAACUCAUCGCACAUGGACUUCGGUCUCGACCCCAGGUAUCGGCAACUGGCGAGCCACGGCGUCCGGCAUGACCAGUACGGUAGCCACCACGUACCCCGGCCUACCGAGCGGAUGGAGCGUAAACCCGGAUGGCAAAGUCGUUCCUCCUAGCAAAGCCACCACAGGUGAGUCACUGGACCUAGAACAUGACCCCUUGAGCUCAGACGCUGACCAGUACUCCNNAGUUUCGAUACCUCUUCGUAUGGUUCUACUCCUCAGCUGCAGUCUCUCUUUGGGAUUGGCAAUGGGCUUUCUCUUGUGA